CUUGCUAUGUUUCACUCCGGAACGUAUCUUCGACGGACCGCGCUGUGUACAUGCCCGUCAGGUCGUCCUCUAUCAAUGUUGCGGCUGUUUAUCGUGUUUAGCUGUUUAAUUAGCCGCUCGGUUUUAAUGAUAUAUGAAUUAUAAUAUAAAACCCUUGCUUGUCGGUUGAACGAUGACUUCCAGAGGGACACCGAGCCGCUUCCUGCAGAGUGUUCUCCAGAACGGCGUCGGUCGGUACGUCUGUCAGCUCAAACGGGUUUCCCUCAUCUUCUCCAAGAAGGCACAGAGCUCGUUGGGAGUCAGGGAGUUCAUCGAGGAGGGGGUGGUGGAUUAUGCCAAGAAGAAUCCUUCGACUGUCGUGUAUGUGUCUCCUCAGGCGUCCAGGAUUCCCAAAAUAGUUGCAGAAUACUUGAACGGAAGCGUGAGGGAAGAAAUCAUCACGAACAAAACGUCUCCGCAGAUUUCAGAGCUCUUGACCAAGCUGACCAAUCAGUCCGGCCUGGACAUCAUCCGCAUCCGUAAGCCCUUCCACACGGACAGCCCCAGCAUCCAGGGCCAGUGGCACCCGUUCACCAACCGGCCGCCGUCCAUCGGCCCCAUCAGACCACAGAAACAGGACAAUAAAUGAGGACUGGCCGAGGAUGUUUCCAGAACAAGAAUGCUUAAUUUCUUGCAAAAAUCAAACCGGCACGUUUGUUGAAUUAUUCUGCAGAAGACCCUGUUAUCGACUGAGUAUGCUUGGCCGUGCCCUUCUGUCUGGUGUCAGCAGAGAAGCCUCUUUAGCUGUGCAGAAACGUGCGCACGAUGCCAUCUCUGAAUGCCACAUUUGAAUAGACUUCACAUGAACCCACCGGAGGCUUGUCAGCAGACAUAAUGAAGAGCAGAUAACCGUUUUUAAUCUGGAGGUUAUCUGAAGAUUCAUGGAAUAAGUGCAGACGGAAUAAAUGUUCUUUUUUUUUUGUGCAAACGCAGGCAUUCGUGUUUAAAUUUAGAUUUUCUCCUCGGUUGUAUUUGAGCAGCUUGUCAGAGGAAGACAGAACUGCAGCGGUGCUGUCUGCAUUGUUAAGUGUGACGGAUUCAACUACAGAAAUAACACCAUUUUUUUAUUUGUAUGAGAAGAGGGUCUGUACAUGUUUUCACUGUUGAACACUGAGGGUUUGGAAUGCCUCCUCGCUGCACAACCUGAAAUGAUCUUGAGCGAAUGUGACAGAUGGUUGUGUGGUAGCUUGAGGGACGAGUCUUAACCUUCAGCACGGAGCCGCCCUCUGACUAACACUCCUCCAGUGGGUGAUUUGUUCAUAUUUAACAAGGAGGAUGUCGGUGAAAACUACUCUCCUCUUUCUGUGCAGUUUCUCAUCCUGAACUCAUCAUUAUUGACCGCAGUAGGCGUCAGUUGAUCCUGCUGUCCCCCCAACAAAUGACCUCGGUGUUCCUCUCCACAAAAGUACGCCCAUAAGUA